UGCAUCAGCCUCCCAAGGUGCUGGGAUUACAGGCGUGAGUCACCACCAGGCCAAGGUAACUUCUCAUCUCCAUCCCCAUCACGGUCAGACUGAUUGGCACCAUGUGGCCUGUCAUCCAGAAAGACCAAGAAUCCUUCCCUGUGGUUUGGACCCAGUGGUGGCUUCCCCAAGGGAACGGUUGGCAUGUGUUUAAUUAUUCAUUGGUGUUCUCGUCUGUAUCUCUCUGCUCCUUGAUUGUUUUGUCUUUCCCUAAAAAUAUUUAUUUGAAAUUCUGUGAUCAAAGACUGAAAAACAAAAUAGAGCAGGAUAUUAAAAUGAAAUUUUUUUAAGGGAGGUUGGAAUGUCAAGAUCAUUUUUAUUAGAAAAGUUUACAAGAUGAAGCCACGAAUUAUUUACGUAAACUUCAUAUAUCAAGCAUAAUACUCCCAACUGUGCUUUUGGUGAGUGAUAUUGGCAGGCAGAACUUGGAUUUAAAAUACCUUCUACUUAAGGCAGGAAGAAUGCAUUUUAAUUAAAAUUAACGGAUUUUUUUUUUUCUUGAUCAUAUUUUAACACACACAUACUCACUCACACACAUCUGUGUUCAGAAUUGAUAAAGAAAGAACUCUGGUUAAAUAAUCCACUUUUGUCUGACAACGGAAUCCGUUAUAGAGGUGCAAAUAUGCAGAAAGCUAUUUGGAAAUGCAUCCUAGUAGUUGUCAGGUUUUAUUAUGCAGGAAGGUGUCAUGUUUGUUACGAAGCUGAGUGCAGAUGGCAGAGUGGAAGAAAUGGAUCACUAAUUUUAACAAUGAUUAAUGAACAGAGAUAGAAAAUGAAUUACAUUGGACUAUCGGAGGCAAGAAAUAUUUUUGUGAAAAUUUUGACUCAUCUGCUGUGCUGUUCUCUGCAAAUUAUUUUCAGAAAUUCUAUAUGUUGUCAACAGUUGACUGCAUUUUCCAUUACUGUCUAUUUCUGUUCUUAAGUACUUUUGUGUUAUUAGAGAUACAUAAUUUCAAAAUACCAAUACAUUCCUGAUUACUUAGAGCAAAUAUAUGUAACAGUGUGACUGUUCCAUAGACACUAGCCAUAAAAGUCCUGUUUUAUAAUAAUCUUUCAUUCUUCCUCAUUUUAUCACUACAUUAGGAAUGUUUGAUAAGAAGAAAAGGGGGGGACUCUUCUAGCACACUCAGAAUAAAGGAAAAAUAGAGCAAAGGUAGGAAUAAAAAUGUGGUCUUGGUGGCUUAUUGUGGUGUUGAGCUGCUACCAACCCUGUCCAUCUUUGCAUCCCCUGCCUGGCAUCAUGGGAGGGAGGGGCCAACUCCUUCUCUGGCGUUAGCCUCUGCCAUUCGUGGCACACCCCGUCCUGUCCUCUGUGGGUGCGGCUUCAGGCAUCUCCCGACUCCCUGUCUGCCUUCAGACACAGAGAGUCUCACCAGUUUGUGAAGUUGUCCCAGCGAUUAUUUUUUCCUCUAUUAGACCCUUCCUUACUUUAGUUCUUUCUCUCUGCUCCAAUGACCCUGGUAUUGAUAGUGAGUUUUCACGGUGCUUUGUGAGUCUCGCUUUCUUUUUCAGCUUAUCAGCAAUUGAGUGUGUGUGUGUGUGUGUGACAGAGACACACACACACACAUACACACAGAGAUCUGCAAAGGAAUACAGCUUAUUUGUUUAUGAUAUCUGUUCGUGGCAGGAGGCACACCUAUAUGGUUUCUCAUAUGGAAAAAAUGGAUAGUGAUUUUCUUUUCUUCCAUCUUCCUCCCCAGCCUCCCUCCCUUUCUCUCCCCCUCUCAUCCUUCCCUCCCCCCAAAUAUAUUAACCACAUUAAAUAUAUUGACUUCAGGGCUUCUCAUUUUCCUGAGAUCCUUUGCGAUAGAGAAAUGAUCUACUAGUGUUUAGAUCCUGCAUUGUAAUUGGUAGGCACUUAAUUUCACUCAUCAGGACCCACUUUAGUGGUGACAUGAGUACAUUUCAUAGUUAGUAAAUUUCAGGAUUCUUACUAUUGCGGGAACACCCAAUCAGAGCUCAGCCGUGCGUCUAUGGUCGGUGCUAUUAGUCUACCUCUCAUCCCAUCAUGAUUUAACACUUGGCUUGGAUGUUAAUUUGAAUUAAAACUUUACCUAUAUAAGAGUAUAAUUCUGGUGUGGUUUUGACAACCCCCAUUCUUUCCCCAAGAAGGAUUCCCUCAAGACAGGAUGACAGGGUGCUUCUCGACCCUCCCAGGGAGCACUGGCUCUCUAGAGCCCUGACGUUUUUGUAGGACGAAGCUGCCUCCUGAGAACUGCCUGGUGUCUGAACAAAUGGACGAUCCAUAACUACUUCCUUCUCCUACAAACGAGCUUUCCAAGUUUUCAACUUGACUGUUUUAUUUAUGCUCUUGACCUGUAAAAACAAGCAGGCUGUUUAAAAAGCAAAAAGUACUUCCCAUGAUUAGAGUACUUAGAGUUGAAAUAAAUUGGAGAAUGAAGCGAGCAUUCCUCGCUGCUUCAGUGGAAAAUGUCGUGGGGGUUUUCCUUCUUGAGCAUGUUCUGUGCUUCCACAAGCCGGAACUCCCCAGUCUCGCUGGCCUUAGGGUCCCCAAGAAUGGAUUCGUGUGUCUUCCCCCUUUUCUUGCUUUUAGGUAGUGGAAUUAUCUUAGUGAACAUUUAAAACCUGUUUGCGAAUGGUUCUAAGUCAAGUAGUUUGCAUAUAAUUAUGGUCCUGAUGGGAAAACACUUUGGAAAAACAACUAGUGAUACAAUGCAAGUCCCGCUCAGGUUACAUAGCAUAUGCUAAACACUAAGGAAACACUCUCGGUCUUUAGUGAACAAGGUAGGGGAAGGCUCCAGGGAGCCAAUUUAGAAUGUGACUUAAGGCAAGCGUGGCUUUUUGUGUCUCUUUCUUUUGGCAAGUGUGUUGAGUAGCGGUGGUCCCUGGAACUCCACAGGAGCCCUGCCACCUACCUGGGGGGGGGGGGCCGCCCUGCACACAUCUGUACGAGGUGGGUGUCCGGAGAGGGGCAGGUUGAACAUGAGGGCUCAGCAGGAGGCUCUGGGUGAGCAAGGCUUGGUGGAGACUGUGGUCACUGGGCUGGUGCUCAACUGGAAGUUGCACCAGGGAUAAUUUAAUGGUGUAGGAUGUGGAGGGAGAGUUAUGCACAGGCAGGGAGGGGGAGAGAAUCAACAAUUUGUGGAUGGAGAGUUCAGGAGGAAUGCAAAAGAAACUGUAGAUGAUCCACUUAAGAGACAAGUGAUUCCUAAAUAUAGAACUGUCUUUAUGAUUCAUGGUUGGGGUUGCUUUUGAGGCGGUAAGUCAGGUGGAUUAUCUAUAGGAAUAAUUUGAGGGUACUUGAGAUUUCGACAUGUGGGUCUGAACACCAGGAAACGCGUUGGUGUUCAGGUUACGUUCCUCCUCCUCCUAUGAGUAUCUUCUGGCUAUUUAACCUGAGUGUGUUCAUGCCUGUGUAAAUUUGGCUUGUGUCCUGCGUUCGUGCUAGCUUGGUCCCCCGCCUCUGCUUGUAUGAAUGAAGAUGCCACAGCCCAGUGUCUGUGUGUGCGGCCUUCCCACUGCCGUUCCCGGAGGCAGCUGGCACCCAGGUUGCACCCGAACAGGAGCCAAAGGCAGUCCCGGUUCUAGCUGGUUCCAGUUUUCAGGGACAGCACUGUUUAUUUUUCCACAGUCGUUACUGGGUUUUUGUUUUGGUUGUGAUCACCUUUAUAUCCCUCUAAACUAACUCAUCCAAUCAGAACUGGAGAGAAAAAUGAUUCAAAAAAUCAUUUAAAAAUACCUACUUUUAAGGUGAAUUCAUCCAAGUCAUCAGAUAGGUGCUCACACCCCCACACUCAUUUGGCCACAACUGCUGGCCUUUUCCAGGGCUUAUGUGUUUGAUUUGGUAACAACUAUGUGUGAAAACAUAAGAUCUACCUGCCGACAAUUCUUUGUGGAUACAAAUCUCUAGGCAUGUCCCCGGAGUGCACCUUUUUGGCCUGCCAACCCCUGGAAUAUACAUUGAAGUUAAACUGAGUUGAGUAAUGAUAAUGCUAUGGCCUAUAGCAUGAACUGAAGAAAAUUCAAGAUGUCUGUCAUCCUUCUAUUACCUCAGUUCCUGACCACCACGGCUUUAAGAAUAUCCUUCAACCGGGAGGGAGAUCCAUUGCUUUAAGACUUGCCUGAAUAUAACUUGAGACAACACUGACAGUUAAAAAAUAGAUGAGUAUUUGAUGCUACCUCCCAGAUUGACAGUGUCCAGGAAAGCAGCUGCAGUGGAGGUGGAAAGGCGGUAGGAUUCCCUGAUUGGGAUGGAAGAAGCGAGCCUGUGCCUUGGAGUGUCUUCGGCGGAGCCGGAAGCUGAGCCCCACCUGAGCGGCCCCGUCCUCAACGGCCAGUAUGCCAUGAGUCAGAAGCUGCACCAGAUCACCUCCCAGCUCAGCCAUGCCUUCCCCGAGCUCCAUCCCCGGCCCAACCCUGAGGAGAAGCCCCCCGCAUCCCUGGAGGAGAAAGCCCACGUGCCCAUGAGCGGCCAGCCCAUGGGCAGUCAGAUGGCACUCCUGGCCAACCAGCUGGGCCGGGAGGUGGACACCAGCCUCAACGGGAGAGUGGACCUGCAGCAGUUCCUCAACGGGCAGAACCUGGGUAUCAUGUCCCAGAUGAGCGACAUCGAGGACGACGCCCGCAAGAACCGCAAGUACCCGUGCCCGCUCUGUGGCAAGCGCUUCCGCUUCAACAGCAUCCUCUCCCUACACAUGCGCACGCACACGGGCGAGAAGCCCUUCAAGUGCCCGUACUGCGACCACAGGGCGGCGCAGAAGGGGAACCUCAAGAUCCACCUGCGGACCCACAAGCUGGGCAACCUGGGCAAGGGGCGCGGGCGCGUGCGCGAGGAGAACCGCCUGCUGCACGAGCUGGAGGAGCGCGCCAUCCUGCGGGACAAGCAGCUGAAGGGCAGCCUGCUGCAGCCCCGGCCCGACCUGAAGCCCCCGCCGCACGCCCAGCAGGCCCCGCUGGCCGCCUGCACCCUGGCCCUGCCCGCCAACCAUAGCGUGCCCGAUGUGGCCCACCCGGUGCCCUCGCCCAAGCCGGCCAGCGUGCAAGAGGAUGCGGUGGCCCCGGCGGCGGGCUUCCGCUGUACCUUCUGCAAGGGCAAAUUCAAGAAGCGCGAGGAGCUGGACCGCCACAUCCGCAUCCUGCACAAGCCCUACAAGUGCACGCUGUGCGACUUCGCGGCUUCGCAGGAAGAGGAGCUCAUCAGCCACGUGGAGAAGGCACACAUCACCGCCGAGUCGGCCCAGGGCCAGGGCCCCAAUGGCGGUGGGGAACAGUCGGCCAACGAAUUCCGCUGCGAGGUGUGCGGCCAGGUGUUCAGCCAGGCGUGGUUCCUCAAGGGCCACAUGCGCAAGCACAAAGACUCCUUUGAGCACUGCUGCCAGAUCUGCGGCCGGCGCUUCAAGGAGCCCUGGUUCCUCAAGAACCACAUGAAGGUCCACCUCAACAAACUGUCGGUGAAGAAUAAGUCCCCCAGCGACCCCGAGGUGCCUGUGCCCAUGGGCGGCAUGUCCCAGGAGGCCCACGCUAACCUGUACUCCAGGUACCUCUCCUGCUUGCAGAGCGGCUUCAUGGCCCCGGACAAAGCCGGCCUGAGCGAGCCCAGCCAGCUCUAUGGCAAGGGCGAACUGCCCAUGAAGGAGAAGGAAGCACUGGGGAAGCUGCUGUCUCCCAUCUCCAGCAUGGCCCACGGCGUCCCGGAGGGGGACAAGCACUCCCUCCUGGGAUGCCUCAACCUCGUGCCGCCGCUGAAAUCCAGCUGCAUUGAGCGGCUGCAGGCGGCUGCCAAGGCUGCGGAGAUGGACCCCGUGAAUAGCUACCAGGCUUGGCAGCUCAUGGCCAGGGGCAUGGCCAUGGAACAUGGCUUCUUGUCUAAAGAGCAUCCGCUGCAGCGCAACCACGAAGACACUUUGGCAAACGCCGGGGUUCUGUUUGAUAAGGAGAAGCGGGAGUACGUGUUAGUGGGAGCAGAUGGCUCCAAGCAGAAAAUGCCUGCUGAUUUGGUUCACAGCACUAAAGUGGGCAGCCAGAGAGACCUGCCAAGUAAGCUCGACCCUUUAGAAAGCAGUCGGGAUUUUUUGUCACACGGGCUGAACCAGACGCUCGAGUAUAACCUGCAGGGUCCUGGGAACAUGAAGGAGAAGCCCACCGAGUGCCCCGACUGCGGCCGGGUGUUCCGCACCUACCACCAGGUGGUCGUGCACUCCCGUGUCCACAAGCGGGACCGCAAGGGUGAGGAGGACGGGCUGCAUGUGGGCCUGGAUGAGCGGCGUGGCUCGGGUAGUGACCAGGAGUCUCAGUCGGUGAGCCGCUCCACCACGCCGGGCUCCUCCAACGUCACCGAGGAGAGCGGGGUCGGAGGCGGCCUCUCCCAGACCGGGAGUGCGCAGGAGGACAGCCCGCACCCCUCCUCGCCGUCCUCCUCAGACAUUGGCGAGGAGGCUGGGAGAUCCGCCGGCGUCCAGCAACCGGCGCUGCUUCGCGACAGAAGCCUGGGCUCGGCCAUGAAGGACUGCCCGUACUGUGGGAAAACUUUCCGGACAUCCCAUCACCUUAAGGUGCACCUGAGGAUACACACAGGUGAGAAACCCUACAAGUGUCCGCACUGUGACUAUGCCGGCACGCAGUCAGCGUCCUUAAAAUACCACUUAGAGCGACACCACCGGGAGCGGCAGAAUGGGGCUGGGCCGCUGUCUGGGCAGCCCCCGAAUCAGGACCACAAGGAUGAGAUGUCAAGCAAAGCUUCUCUGUUCAUCAGGCCAGACAUCCUGAGGGGCGCCUUCAAGGGUCUCCCUGGAAUCGACUUCAGAGGAGGCCCUGCAUCUCAGCAGUGGACAUCAGGGGUGCUCUCGUCGGGAGAUCACUCGGGGCAGGCCACCGGCAUGUCUUCAGAGAUCCCCUCAGAUGCUCUGAAAGGCGCUGACCUUCCUGCCAAAAGCACCCACUUCUCCGAGAUCGGAAGAGCUUAUCAAAGCAUCGUGAGCAACGGUGUGAAUUUCCAAGGGUCCUUGCAAGCUUUCAUGGACAGCUUUGUCCUCAGUUCCUUGAAGAAGGAGAAGGACGUGAAGGACAAAGCCCUGGCUGACCCCCCUUCCAUGAAAGUCCACGGAGUGGAUGGUGGCGAGGAGAAACCCAGUGGCAAGUCCUCCCAGAGGAAGUCUGAGAAAUCUCAGUAUGAACCCCUAGACUUGUCUGUGCGGCCAGAUGCCGCCUCCCUCCCGGGCUCCUCGGUAACUGUGCAGGACAGCAUCGCGUGGCACGGCUGCUUGUUUUGUGCUUUCACAACGUCCUCCAUGGAGCUCAUGGCCCUUCAUCUCCAGGCCAACCACCUGGGCAAAGCGAAACGCAAAGAUAACACUAUCGGGGUCACAGUCAACUGCAAAGACCAAGCCCGGGAGGCGAGUAAGAUGGCCCUGCUGCCCUCAGUACAAUCAAACAAAGACGUGGGCCUCUCCAGUAUGAUUGGCUCUCUAGACUCUGCUUCUGAGAAGAUGGCCCAAGGUCAGGUCAAGGAGACUCUGGGGGAGCAGAAGAGCGGCACAUGGACCAGCCACGUGGACCCUGCAUUUUGUAACUUCCCAUCCGACUUCUACAAGCAGUUUGGUGUUUACCCAGGCAUGGUUGGCUCGGGGGCCUCCAGUUCCUGCCCCAACAAGGAGCCUGAUGGAAAGGCCCACUCUGAAGAGGAUGCCCCCAUCCUGAUCCCCGAAACCACGAGUAAGAACACUACUGAUGACCUCUCCGACAUCGCCUCCUCAGAGGACAUGGACUCCUCCAAGGGAGAGAACAACGAUGAAGAGGAUGUUGAAACUGAACCGGAAAUGAUGACCAAGCCCCUGUCUGCCCUCAGCAAAGACAGCAGCAGUGAUGGCGGGGACAGCCUGCAGCCCACAGGCGCCCCCCAGCCCGUCCAAGGACUGGUCUCACCUUUAUCCCAAGCACCGGAGAAGCAGUGGCACAGCCAGGGUCUUCUCCAAGCCCAGGACCCCUUGGCGAGCCUGCCAAAGCCGGAGCGGGGACCGCAGAGCCUGGACAAGCCGAUGAACAUGCUGUCGGUCCUCAGGGCCUACAGCUCUGAUGGCUUAGCAGCCUUUAAUGGACUUGCAAGUAGCACAGCAAAUUCUGGAUGUAUCAAGAGGCCAGACUUGUGUGGUCACAGGCCUUUCCAGUGCCGCUACUGUCCCUACAGUGCCUCUCAGAAGGGGAACCUGAAGACCCAUGUCCUCUGCGUCCAUCGCAUGCCUUUUGACAACAGCCAGUAUCCCGACCGCAGGUUCAAGCGCUCCAGGGUCGACUCGGAGGCUUCUGGAAAUUUCGAGGAGCCUACAGCUGUCAAGGCGGGGAGCUCUGCAGACCUCACGGAAGAGGGUGGCAAGGGCCAGGAGGAGACCAACUGAGCAGACCAACCUGUAUAUUGCAAUAGUAUUUUACACAGUUUUAACAUUAUGCAUCUGGUAAAAGUUUGCUAACUGCAUUUCAAGGGGAAAAAAAUCAUGUACAACCCCCCUAAUAGUGUAUAGAACAUUUAAAAAAUUUUAAAAAGAUAUCUCUAUAUAUAUAUAAAAAAAAAUUCCCCAGCCCUUGAAAAUGGCUGCUAAACUGUUACCCGGCAACAAGUACUUCCAAAACAAUGCAGGUGGGAGAAAAGUGAUUUCAAAAAUUUUUGGUGCCCUCUGAGCUGGAGAGAGCUGGGGGCCCUUCCAACUCGAGAGCCGUCUUUGUCCAAAAAUAAUGCUCUUAACCGAAAAACGAUACCAUCUAAAUGAUCUAGUGUUGCGUUGAAGAUGGAGGGGCUGUGUUUUCGUUGUUGAAAACACCUCUAUAAUCUGACACCAGCUGCUGUCAUUUGCCUAGAACCCUAAUGAGAUGUGUCGGGAGGCAGCUGCGGUGCCAGUCAGACUGGAGCGGUCACUGCAGAGAAAAUCAAUUCACGUGGUGUUGUAACUGCACUCUUGGAGAAACCUUAGACGGCCCGCAGCCAGCGCCAGGGCUGACCGGCACUGCAGAGGAUUGAAAUCUUAAAUGCGCAUUUUUACAAAAUACACAGCCAAAUGAAAUCAAUGAUCAGGAAGUGUCUGCAGACAAAUGUCCAUUGCAGGUUUGAUGAGUAAUUCCUUUUUUUUAGAUCAAAUUGCAGUAUUGAGGGAAAUGUUUUGUUCUUGGUGGUCUUUUUCUCUUUUUUCAAAAAAAUUUUUGGAUGAAGAAGGAAGUUGCUAUUUAAAAAAAUGUAGGGUAAUUAUAUAAAAUGUUGUUAGAAAAACUAGCUAACCCCAUCCAUAGAAGAUGCUGGUGAGCAAUUAAAAUGUAGGUAAUAAUAGAAAGUUUUUUUAUUAUGAUUUUUAAAAUUUUACUUGAAUGAAGGCUGCUCCAGUCCUUAUUAUCAGAUUUUUUUUCAUGUGUUGGUUUUUAUAAGUGUCACAGACAUGAAGCAAGAUUUUCUUCUCCGGCAAGCUCUUAUGAAAUAGCUUGUAUUAAAAUAUGAAUCUAAACAUCCUGCUCUCUAUCUCUAAUGACGAAAACUGUUUGAGUUAAAAUGUCUGUUUUUGUAAAACAAAUGUGUUCUAUAUUUUUGUAGAUUUUAGAUUUUCUACUGAUUGGAUACUCCAAAUUUAUCAAGUUCUGCACCACACAGAAGGAGAUUUUGAGUGUCAAUAAUGAAACACUUAACUCAUUAAAAAAUGAUUUAAGAAGACUAGUUAAAGGUUUAUUCUUGAAUCUGCUAGCAUGGUGUAAAGUUGAGCCUUUUAACAUACUUCCUUUGAGUGACAUGAAUUUGGUGCUGUUGCUUGUGGUGGUAGAGAAGUAUGAAAGUAUUAACUUCUUCUAAAACAAAAUCAUUCAGACUUAAAAAAAAAAGUCAAUAUUUCCUUGCAGGCUGGGAGCACAGAUUAAACCCCAGGGCCUUAAAAACUUCAGCUCUGCCUACAGCAGUUUACAAAAAUACUAAACUGCAAUCAAUGUAAAUAAAAUUCUUAGUGCUAUCCUGAGACCAGAAAGAAUCUCAGGCUAAUAAGGAAUCCGGUUUGCAUAUGCUGUCAAAAGGGUGUCAUCUAACCGAGGUUUCAGUGUAAAUGAGGUCGCUGUGCAACUUGGACCCAUCUGGCAUAGAGCAAGCUGCUUUCUUGUUUUUCUAGUAUAGUUCUCACUGCCUUACUUAAAUCGAGUUGAUAAACUUAAUGCAACUGUUUCUAUGAUCCUAGAGAAAGGACUGAAAUGUUAUUGAAAACUUUCCGACUGUAGUAAGCUUUAGGAUUUUAACUGCACUACUGUGUUUGGUGACUGUGCCAGUCCCUUGCUUUCUGUGUUUGCUCUGCCUUUGGUAUCUUAGCAAAGAAAAAGAAAAAAAGAAAAAAAAAAAAGAUGAAAAAAAAAAA